CCAAUAAAUUAAUAUCGCUCUGGUCGGGUUCUUAUUGUUGGGGACUUCGGAUAUACAAAGUAGUAUCAGUCGUGUAUCCAAACAAAAAGCGAACAACAGUUUCUUGAAAAACAGCGUCAACAGCGGUCUCUCUCUCUGUCUCUCUCGAUUCGCGAACUUCCGCCUCUCUGAUUGUUUGUGUGGAAAACAUUAACUAAAUUAGUGACGCUUAAUUACUAAAUAAUUUAUUAGAAAUAAUGUUGGAUGUGCCCCAUGAAGCCCAGGUGCGCGGCCACCAGAGAGCCCCGUCCGACUCGAAGGAGUUCCACGAGGUGACCAAGCGGGAUGCUCUGCGUCUGCUGGAGAACGAUGUGGACAGGCUGCUGAAGACCACGGAGCCGGCGCGCCAGCCAGCUCUCAAGGCGGAGAUGGGACGCUUUGCGGACCUCUUCGGACGUUUCCUGCAGGAGGAGGGUCCCGCCUUGGACUGGAACAAAAUCCAGAAGCUGCCCGAAAACGCCGUGGAGAACUACUCGAACCUCAAGUCGCCCAAAAACGAGCAGAAUGAGAUCCGCAACAUGCUGGACAAGUUGGUGGUCAUCAAGCUGAACGGUGGUCUGGGCACUUCCAUGGGUUGCCAUGGUCCCAAGAGUGUGAUUCCCGUGCGUUCGGACUUGACUUUCCUGGAUCUCACGGUCCAGCAGAUCGAGCAUCUGAACAAGACCUACGACGCCAAUGUCCCACUGGUUCUGAUGAACUCCUUUAACACUGAUGAGGACACGGAGAAGAUCGUCCGCAAAUACAAGGGUUUCCGAGUGCAGAUCCACACCUUCAACCAGAGCUGUUUCCCGCGCAUCAGUCGCGAACAUUUCCUGCCAGUGGCCAAGGACUUUGAUGUGGAGAAGGAUAUGGAGGCUUGGUAUCCUCCUGGUCACGGUGACUUCUACGAUACCUUCCGCAACUCUGGUCUGCUCAAGAGGUUCAUUGACGAGGGCCGUGAGUACUGUUUCUUGUCCAACAUCGAUAACCUUGGCGCCACCGUUGACUUGAACAUCCUUAACAAGCUGGUGGGCGAGGAACGAGCCACCACCCCGGUGGAGUUCGUUAUGGAGGUCACCGACAAGACCCGUGCUGACGUUAAGGGUGGUACUCUCAUCCAAAUGGAGAACAAACUGCGCCUGCUGGAAAUCGCCCAGGUCCCUAAGGAGCAUGUGGAUGAUUUCAAGUCCGUGAAGACCUUCAAGUUCUUCAACACCAACAACAUUUGGGCCAACCUGUCUGCCAUCGAUCGUGUUUUGCGCGAACGUACUUUGAACAUGGAGAUCAUCGUCAACAACAAGACUCUGGAGAACGGAACCCGCGUCAUCCAGCUGGAGACGGCUGUGGGUGCUGCCAUGAAGUGCUUCGAUGGCGCCAUCGGCAUCAAUGUACCUCGUUCUCGUUUCUUGCCCGUUAAGAAGUCCUCCGAUUUGCUGCUGGUCAUGUCAAAUCUGUACACCCUGAAGAACGGCAGCCUGGUGAUGUCGCCGCAGCGCAUGUUCCCCACCACUCCGCUGGUCAAGCUCGGCGAGAACCACUUCUCCAAGGUUAAGGAGUUCUUGGGACGAUUCGCCAAUAUCCCUGAUAUUAUUGAGUUGGAUCACUUGACCGUGAGCGGUGAUGUGACUUUCGGACGUGGCGUUUCUCUGCGCGGCACUGUGAUCAUCAUUGCCAACCAUGGUGAUCGUAUCGAUAUACCCGCCGGUGCCAUUUUGGAGAACAAGAUCGUAUCCGGCAACAUGCGUAUCCUGGACCAUUAAAUCAAAUAGCGACUGGAUAGCGUCUCACUAACUGUAGCGUAAUUUUCUAAGUUUUAUGUAGUAGUCAUGUUCCCGUUCCAAAAUUUCCAAAAAAAAAAUUACGAAUUUCAUUUAGCCAAUUGUUGUAAGCACAAAGUGUGUCAUCUGUAAUAUAUCGUUAAGUUGAAGCCAGUUAUAACAGGGUUUUAAAAUCAAA